CAGCCCCUCGCCCCUACCCCUCACCAUCGAGGAGGACCGGGAGUUCACCUACCCCUCUGACGUGCUCAUCCCUCACCCGGGCCUCAUGCCUGGGGCCUACUUUGACCUGCCCCGCAUCCGCCUGCCUCCAGGCAUCAUGAGCCGGCUAAGAGAGGUGUCCGGCAGGGCGCGGCCACAGUUCCGUCCCAGCAUCAAGUAAGAAGGGGUGAUGAUAUAUACGGCAGGAAUGCACAACUGCCAUUCUAAUUCUAUUUUAACCAGUCAUUACUGCCUAUCCUCACCCACUUUCUCUCUGACUUGCCCUUGUCAGGGAGGUGAUCAGGCCAGACGUUAUGGAGGAGGUCAUAGUGUCCUGUGUGAUAAAGCACCUGACGCUGGUGGAUGCUCUCCAGUCACUUGUCAACUUCCAGUACCGUGAGGAGCACGCUGAGGAGUACGACCUGCUCUGUAAGAUCAUGGCCGAGACUUUCAAGAAGAUCAACGCCAUGGAGCGCCAGCUGCAGGUACAUAAGUGGCUAGUAUAGCCUGCUUUUCCCUCUCAAAGUGUGUAUGUGUAUAACCUUGUCUGUUGCCCUCCCUCAGAGUGUAGCAGAGCUGGAGCAGAAGUGGCAGAAUGAGGUGGAGGAAGCUCAGCAGGGAAAGCUGGAGAACAAUGCUCCUUUCUUCCAUGACUAUCACUUCUUUGAGGUACGCAUCCCUUUACCUCUAAUUCUCCACAGAUUCUCAUAAAGUUGUGCACUGUUCAGCAAAUAUCAUUUGUUUUUGUUUCUCCAGAACAAAAUGAAGGAACUUGAAUUGCUUUGUUCACUGAAGGAGGUCCCACUGGACUGGAGUGAUUUGGAAAACGUUGUCCUCACACUGAGGUAAGACAUUGGAGAAGAGCGAAGUGACGAUACAGAUGUUAGACUGCUGAGGUAACAUCUACAUUGCUUAGAUGACAUAUCUUCCUCCAAUGUUGUCUUCUGGUUUAUCAUCUGCAUUUGUCCACAGGGAGAAGUUCUUCCAGGAGGUGAACUCCAUCCACCUGAAGAGUGCUGUGCCGCUGGCCAAAACCAAAGCCCUGGUGAAGAGCCUGAUGAACCGCACAGAGCUGCUGCUUCACGUCACCAUCGCUCCUCACUGCAGGAGCCUGACCACCACGCCUGCUGGCACGCCAGGUACCCCUCAGCUUACACCUCCUUACAUUACACCUCCACAUCCUACACCCCCUAGCCUACACCUCCACAGCCUACACCCCCUAGCCUACACCUCCACAGCCUGCACCCCCUAGCCUACACCUCCACAGCCUGCCUACACCUCCACAGCCUACACCCCCUAGCCUACACCUCCACAGCCUGCACCCCCUAGCCUACACCUCCACAGCCUGCACCCCCUAGCCUACACCUCCACAGCCUACACCCCCUAGCCUACACCUCCACAGCCUGCACCCCCUAGCCUACACCUCCACAGCCUGCACCCCCUAGCCUACACCUCCACAGCCUACAACUCCCUAGCUUACACCUGCUUCUCUAUAGCCCUCUCCUGAUUUACUUUGACUGCCUGCAUGUAGUAUGAUAAAAUAGAGGUAACCGAUUCUGGUUUUUUGUUGUUGUGUGGCAGCUUGUAAGUCUGUGUCAGACACUAAGACGGUAGUCCCCGGGGUGAAGCAGCCAGUCUUCCUGCGCAGCAUGUCUGCACCCUCUGACCUGGAGAUGAUCACCAACCAGGACCUGGAGUUCCCUCACAGCAGCCAAAGGUUCACUGUCCACUGAAAUCUCUUUGAUACAGAGAAAGUGGAUUACAAGCAUAACUACACUAAGUUGAUGAUGAAUGGAGAGAGUACUCACCCCUCUACUUUGUUCUCCUCUACUAUAGGAGGCGACACCACCCCACCAGUCACCGCAGCAGCUCCUUCACACUGCUGCAGUCUCUAGCCAUGGAGGACAUCCGGGACAAGCCAACGUACAGUGUGCUGCUGGGACAGCUCUUUGCGUUCAUAGGGACCAUGCCCGACCAGUCUGUAAGUCCAGUCCUCCGCCACAGUCACUGCACAUUGAAUUCUGUGUUUUUGGUGCCAAACAAUUAGAGAAGUUGAGUCUAUUCAUAUUUUACCCUAGUUCUGCCUCCUACAGGUGUCCAGCAGCAGUUUCCUGUCUGCGGCUCAGACACGGUGGAGGCGGGGCAGCACGAGGAAACAGGCCCUGGUUCACAUGAGGGAGCUGCUCACUGCUGCAGUCAGGGUGGGCGGGGUCACUCACCUGGUGGGCCCUGUUACCAUGGUGCUGCAGGGAGGGCCCAGGUAAGGGAUGGACACAAAGUUUCCUUUCACAAUAUAACAAUGCAAUUGAAUUAUAUUUAACACUAAACAAUAACUUGACAGAUAUGAAUGAAUAUAUAUAUAUAUACAUUAAAGAUGGAAAAGGAAUCAAACGUUAUGUUUUUCACCCACAACCCCCCCCCCCCCCCCCCCACAACAACUAUUACAACAACAAAAAAGGAAAAACUAAACACAAAACAAAAGACCCUACCCCUACCAGUCAUUUAUGUAUGUAUGUAGUCUAUCAAGUCAUUUGCAUAUUGUAUUCUCUUUUUAUCUUUACAUUUUACAUUUUAGUCAUUUAGCAGACGCUCUUAUCCAGAGUGCAAAAAUGUUCAUACAUUUUAUCUCUGAGAGAAAAUGUCCCCAGAUGUCAGAAAAGCUAUCGAAUAUACCAUUAAUUUUAUAAGGCAAUCUUUCAUACGAAGUUUUUGCCAGGGCUAUGUACCAUUCCUUAUAUAAGGGAGGGUCCUUCUCCCUCCGGUGUCUCAAAAUGACUAUUUUGGCUGUGGUUAAAGCAACUGUUAGCCAGUUUAAACAUGAGCUUCUCAGUCUAUCAAAAUCCUUAGUGAUAUUCAGUAAUAGCAAAGCAGGUAUUGUGGUACUCUGAGUAUCCCCAAUCUUUUCCAUUACCCUCUUUGCAGAUCUUCUCCAAGUCAUUAAGGUUUCAAGGCUGACGUUUGGCAACUCGAACCUUCAGCUCCCUCCACAGAUUUUCUAUGGGAUUAAGGUCUGGAGACUGGCUAGGCCAAUGUGCUUCUUCUUGAGCCACUCCUUUGUUGCCUUGGCCGUGUGUUUUGGGUCAUUGUCAUGCUGGAAUACCCAUCCACGACCCAUUUUCAAUGCCCUGGCUGAGGGAAGGAGGUUCUCACCCAAGAUUUGACGGUACAUGGCACCGUCCAUCGUCCCUUUGAUGCGGUGAAGUUGUCUUGUCCCCUUAGCAGAAAAAAACCCCCAAAGCAUAAUGUUUCCACCUCCAUGUUUGACGUGGGGAUGGUGUUCUUGGGGUCAUAGGCAGCAUUCCUCCUCCUCCAAACACGGCGAGUUGAGUUGAUGCCAAAGAGCUCGAUUUUGGUCUCAUCUGACCACAACACUUUCACCCAGUUCUCCUCUGAAUCAUUCAGAUGUUCAUUGGCAAACUUCAGACGGGCCUGUAUAUGUGCUUUCUUGAGCAGGGAGACCUUGCGGGCGCUGCAGGAUUUCAGUCCUUCACGGCGUAGUGUGUUACCAAUUGUUUUCUUGGUGACUAUGGUUCCAGCUGCCUUGAGAUCAUUGACAAGAUCCUCCCGUGUAGUUAUGGGCUGAUUCCUCACCGUUCUCAUGAUCAUUGCAACUCCACGAGGUGAGAUCUUGCAUGGAGCCCCACGCCGAGGGAGAUUGAAAUUUUGUGUUUCUUCCAUUUGUGAAUAAUCGCACCAACUGUUGUCACCUUCUAACCAAGCUGCUUGGCGAUGGUCUUGUAGCCCAUUCCAGCCUUGUGUAGGUCUACAAUCUUGUCCCUGACAUCCUUGGAGAGCUCUUUGGUCUUGGCCAUGUUGAAGAGUUUGGAAUCUGAUUGAUUGAUUGCUUCUGUGGACAGGUGUCUUUUAUACAGGUAACAAGCUGAGAUUAGGAGCACUCCCUAAUCUCAGCUCAUUACCUGUAUAAAAGACACCUGGGAGCCAGAAAUCUUUCUGGUUGAGAGGGGGUCAAAUACUUAUUUCCCUCAUUAAAAUGCAAAUCAAUUUAUAACAUUUUUGACAUGCGUUUUUCUGGAUUUUUUGGUUGUUAUUCUGUCUCUCACUGUUCAAAUAAACCUACCAUUAAAAUUAUAGACUGAUCAUUUCUUUGUCAGUGGGCAAACGUACAAAAUCAGCAGGGGAUCAAAUACUUUUUCUCUCUCACUGUAUAUACACAUACAUACAUACAUACAGUGCAUUCGGAAAGUAUUCAGACCCCUUGACUUUUUCCCCAUUUUGUUACGUUACAGCCUUAUUCUUCAUUGGAUUAAAUAAAUAAUUUUACUAAUCAAUCUACACACAAUACCCCAUAAUUACAAAGUGAUAAACGGUUUUUAUAAAGUUUGAAAAUGUAUAAAAAAUUAUAACCAUAAAUACCUUAUUUAUAAACAUAUUCUGACCCUUUGCUAUGAGACUCGGAAUUGAGCUCCGGUGCAUCCUGUUAACAUUGAUUAUCCUUGAUGUUUCUACAACUUGAUUGGAUUCCACCUGUGGUAAAUUCAAUUGAUUGGACAUGAUUUGGAAAGGCACACACCUGUCUGCGAAAGUAUUCACCCCCCCCCCCCCCCCCCCCUUGGCAUUUUUCCUAUUUUGUUGCCUUACAUCUUGGAAUUAAAAUUGAUUUUUUAGGGGUUUGUAUCAUUUGAUUUACACAACAUACCUACCACUUUGAAGAUGCAUAAUAUUUUUUCUUGUAAAACAAACAAGAAAUAAGACAAAAAAAACAGAAAACCCUUCCCCAACAUCUUAGACUCUAAAGAAUGCAUUAGAAUCAGAUUGGACCGGGCUUGUCUCAUAUGGAGGAGCAUCUGUUGUACUAUUUUGUUCCAUUCCUCCUCUCCAAAUUUUACCUCCAAGUCUUUUUCCCUAUACGGUUGAUAUAGACACCCAAUGUUCUUAAUCCCCUUUCUAUACCAAUCUUUCCAGGAAACCAUGUGCCCUCCUAUUUUCAAUUUAGGGUUAUUCCAUAAUGAAGCAGAGAUUGUCAAGAAAGGUGAAGAUUUCUUUCUCUUACGAAUAUGACUCCAUAUAUUUUUUGUAUGGGACAUUCUGCAGUCCCACCUUUUGUUCACUCAUAUAAUCUGAUGUUCCAAAUGGGGCAUUAAAUUCUUCCAUGUCCACCCAAAUUGGCCUAUUAGAGUUCUCAAUAAAGAGAGUCUAUAUGGGCAGUUAUAAAGGCUUCUUGAUAUAUCUUCAUGUUAGGGAGCUUUAUUCCUCACUUCUCAGUCUUUGCCUGUAAUCUCGCUAGAUUCAUCCUGGCCGUUUUACCGGCCCAAAUAAACGGAGUAAUCAUUUUGCCUAUGGUACAGACAGGUAUGGACAGUGGUAACAUGCUGAUGACGUAAUUCAGUUUAAGAGCCAUGAGAUUUGUAUCUUAUCCCAGUUCUUAAACUGGAGUUGAAUUUUGUUCAAUACUGGGUCAAGGUUUUCAGAAAUCAUGUUUUCUAGACCAGGAUUUAAAGCGAUCCCCAGGUACUUCAAGUUUUUAGGGACCCAUUGAAACCUCCAGUUGAGGAAGUCAUUUCUCAGACAAUGUUUUGAUAGGGGCAUUACCUCGGUAUAGAUAUCUCUGAAAAUGCAUUUACUAGGUCCAGUAAAGGCGAUAUGGAGAGUUGGGGGUCUGACAUUAAUAGUAAUAUGUUGUCUGCAUAAAGCAGUAGUUUAUUCUCCCAACCUCCCAUAGUAACCCCUUUUAUUGACUGAUGCAGCUUAAUGGCUUCGGCUAAUGGUUCUAGUGCUAUAAUAAAUGGAGGUGAGAGACUGUUACCUUCGUGCCUCGCCCUACUGUAAAUGGAGAUUAUUGUAAUCUGUUAGUGACUACUAUGAAUUUGGGGUUGUUGUACAUACGUUUAAAAAUAUUCUGAGAGCCCUGUCCAAAUCCAAAUGUAUUUAGUGUAUAAUGCAGGAGAAAUUACAUUUUAUAAAUGUAUGUGUAUCUGUGUCCUCUGUGCAGGAUUGAGGAGCUGACCUGUGGGGGAAUGGUGGAGAAGGUGCAGGAGGCCUUUGGGGAGACCAUGACGUCUGUAGUGUCACUAUGUGCCCGCUUCCCCAUCGCUUGUUCUAACAGUAUUGGCAUGCUCUGCACCAUCCCCUAUACUAGGCAAGACAAUUAUUCUCUAUCUUCUGAAAUCCUCAUGAUACUCUUAGAUAACUGCUUUGUUUGUUAUCAGGAACAAACGACUCACCUCAUUCUCCUGGCACACAAAAAUGCCUGACUUCCCAGAAUUGCCAUCCUCUAAACCCCCACACGUCUGCCCAUGUGUUCCUGUAGGAGUGAGGAGCAGUGCCUGGUGCGCAGUGGUCUGGUCCAGCUGAUGGACCGCCUGUGCAGCCUGAGUGGCCAGAGGGACUGCAGCUCCAAUGAGAAGCAGACCAAGAAGCAGAAGGUGGCCACCAUGGCCUGGGCUGCCUUCCAGGUGCUUGCCAACCGCUGCAUCGAGUGGGAGAAGGUGGAAGGUAUGCAAGAUAAGUUAUUCCCCCCAAAAAAAUGAGAAUAAUUUUCAGUCAGACGUUUCAAAUGUCUUGAUACUGCGCUGUGCCUUUUACAGUUGAAGUCGGAAGUUUACAACCACUCCACAAAUUUCUUGUUAACAAACUAGUUUUGGCAAGUCGGUUAGGACAUCUACUUUGUGCAUGACACAAGUAAUCUUUCCAACAAUUGUUUACAGACAGAUUAUUUCACUUAUAAUUCACUGUAUCAGAAUUCUGUGGGUCAGAAGUUUACAUACACUAAGUUGACUGUGCCUUUAAACAGCUUGGAAAUCUCCAGAAAAUGGCUUUAGAAGCUUCUGAUAGGCUAAUUGACAUCAUUUGAGUCAAUUGGAGGUGUACCUGUGGAUGUAUUUCAAGGUCUACCUUCAAAGUCAGUGCCUCUUUGCUUGACAUCAUGGGAUAAUCAAAAGAAAUCAGCCAAGACUUCAGAAUUUUUUUUUUAGACCUCUGGGUCAUCCUUGGGAGCAAUUUCUAAACGCCUGAAGGUACCACGUUCAUCUGUACAAACAAUAGUACGCAAGUAUAAACACCAUGGGACCACGCAGCCGUCAUAGCGCUCAGGAAGGAGACGCGUUCUGUCUCCUAGAGAUGAACGUACUGCGAAAAGUGCAAAUCAAUCUCAGAACAACAGCAAAGGACCUUGUGAAGAUGCUGGAGGAAACCGGUACAAAAGUAUCUAUAUCCACAGUAAAACGAGUCCUGUAUCGACAUAACCUGAAAGGCUGCUCAGCAAGGAAGAAGCCACUGCUCCAAAACCGCCAUAAAAAAGCCAGACUACGGUUUGCAACUGCACAUGGGGACAAAGAUCGUACUUUUUGGAGAAAUGUCCUCUGGUCUGAUGAAACAAAAAUGGAACUGUUUGGCCAUAAUGAACAUUGUUAUGUUUGGAGUAAAAAUGGUGAGGCUUGCAAGCCGAAGAACACCAUCCCAACCGUGAAGCACUGGGGUGGCAGCAUCAUGCUGUGGGGGUGCUUUGCGGCAGGAGGGACUGGUGCACUUCACAAAAUAGAUGGCAUCAUGAGGAAGGAAAAUUAUGUGGAUAUAUUGAAGCAACAUCUCAAGACAUCAGUCAGGAAGUUAAAGCUUGGUCGCAAAUGGGUCUUCCAAAUGGACAAUGACCCCAAGCAUACUUCCAAAGUUGUGGCAAAAUGGCUUAAGGACAACAAAGUCAAGGUAUUGGAGUGGCCAUCACAAAGCCCUGACCUCAAUCCUAUAGAACAUUUGUGGGCAGAACUGAAAAAGCAUGUGCAAGCAAGGAGGCCUACAAACCUGACUCAGUUACACCAGCUCUGUCAGGAGGAAUGGGCCAAAAUUCACCCAACUUAUUGUGGGAAGCUUGUGGAAGGCUACCCAAAACGUUUCACCCAAGUUAAACAAUUGAAAGGCAAUGCCACCAAAUACUAAUUGAGUGUAUGUAAACUUCUGACCCACUGGGAAUGUGAUGAAAGAAAUAAAAGCUGAAAUAAAUAAUUCUCUCUACUAUUAUUCUGACAUUUCACAUUCUUAAAAUAAAGUGGUGAUCCUAACUGACCUAAGACAGGGAAUAUUUACUAGGAUUAAAUGUCAGGAAUUGUGAAAAACUGAGUUGAAAUGUAUUUGGGUUGAAAAGGUGUAUGUAAACUUCCGACUUCAACUGUAGCUAAAGAGGAAGGUUUUGAAAGGCUGUCUUCAUGUCUUCAGGGUCUACUAACAAAGUGAGGACAAAACGCAGAAGAAUAGUUGGAGGUAAAAGUUAGGCAAGCUUGGCAAAAGUUGAGUUAGGCAAAUAAUUCAGAAACCAGAGGAAAGAUGGCUAUUUUGAAGACCUUUUGAAUAUAGAUAAUCAGACUUUAGGAUGCAACCUCACAUCAGUGUUUUCUACAGAGAGUAUAGUGUGUGGUAAUUCUAACUACUACAGAAAUCCCUCUCCCCCUCUCUUAAGGUGGUUCAACAGAUGCGGUGCACUCAGGUCUGGCCCGGCAGGUGUCCAGCCUGCUGACCAACCACCUGGUCAGAGCCACAGAGUGCUGUGGGAACCAGGCAGCAGGGAACGAUGCUCUGCAGGACGUCCUCAGCCUGCUCAACGACCUAUCCAGGUAACCACUACCAAACAACAGGUCAAAUACAGAUCAACAUCAGUCCUCUUGUGUUCUGUGUUUGUUAAAUGACUGUUGUCGCCUUCUAAUUAUCUAUGAUUGUCUGGUGUUCCCCCAGGAGCCACAUAGGGAAGGCCAUCCUGAGCCAGCCAGCCUGUGUGUCCAAGCUCCUGUCCCUGCUGCUGGACCAGCGGCCGUCUCCCAAGCUGGUGCUGAUCAUCCUGCAGCUGUGCCGUGCUGCCCUACCCCUGAUGAGUGUGGAGGACUGUGGCAACGUGGCGCUGCCCUCCUGGAGCUACUCCAUCAACACCCUGGAUGCUGAGCAGCAGGACGCCACCGACCCCGCCUCGCGAAUCGCUGCCCUGCUGCUGGCCAAGCUGGCUGACUACGUAGUACCAGGUACAGUGGCUUGCGAAAGUAUUCACCCCCCUUGGCCUUUUUCCUAUUUUGUUGCCUUACAACCUGGAAUUAAAAUUGAUUUUUUGGGGGGUUUGUAUCUUUUGAUUUACACAACAUGCGUAGGCUUUGAAGAUGCAAAAUAUUUUUUAUUGUGAAACAAAAAACAGAACUUGAGCGUGCAUAACUAUUCACCCCCCCAAAGUCAAUACUUUAUAGAGCCACCUUUUGCAGCAAUUACAGCUGCAAGUCUCUUGCGGUAUGUCUCUAUAAGUUUGGCACAUCUAACCACUGGGAUUUUUGCCCAUUCUUCAAGGCAAAACUGCUCCAGCUCCUUCAAGUUGGAUGGGUUCCGCUGGUGUACAGCAAUCUUUAAGUCAUACCACAGAUUCUCAAUUGGAUUGAGGUCUGGGCUUUGACUAGGCCAUUCCAAGACAUUUAAAUGUUUCCCCUUAAACCACUCAAGUGUUGCUUUAGCAGAAUGCUUAGGGUCAUUGUCCUGCUGGAAGGUGAACCUCCGUCCCAGUCUCAAAUCUCUGGAGGACUGAAACAGGUUUCCCUCAAGAAUUUCCCUGUAUUUAGCGCCAUCCAUCAUUCCUUCAAUUCUGACCAGUUUCCCAGUCCCUGCCAAUGAAAAACAUCCCCAUAGCAUGAUGCUGCCACCACCAUGCUUCACUGUGGGGAUGGUGUUCUCGGGGUGAUGAGAGGUGUUGGGUUUGCACCAGACAUAGCGUUUCCUUUGAUGGCCAAAAAGCUCAAUUUUAGUCUCAUCUGACCAGAGUACCUUCUUCCAUAUGUUUGCGGAGUCUCCCACAUGCCUUUUGGCGAACACCAAAGUUGUUUGCUUAUUUUUUUCUUUAAGCAAUGGCUUUUUUCUGGCAGCUCUUCCGUAAAGCCCAGCUAUGUGGAGUGUACGGCUUAAAGUGGUCCUAUGGACAGAUAUUCCAAUCUCCGCUGUGGAGCUUUGCAGCUCCUUCAGGGUUAUCUUUGGUAUCUUUGUUGCCUCUCUGAUUAAUGCCCUCCUUGCCUGGUCUGUGAGUUUUGGUGGGCGGCCCUCUUUUGGCAAGUUUGUUGUGGUGCCAUAUUCUUUCAAUUUUUUAAUAUUGGAUUUAAUGGUGCUCCGUGGGAUGUUAAAAGUUUCUGAUAUUUUUUUAUAACCCAACCCUACUUUGUCCCCGACCUGUUUGGAGAGCUCCUUGGUCUUCAUGGUGCCGCUUGCUUGGUGGUGCACCUUGUUUAGUGAUGUUGCAGACUCUGGGGCCUUUCAGAACAGGUGUGUGUAUAUAUACUGAGAUCAUGUGACAGAUCAUGUGUGACUUAGAUUGUACACAGGUGGACUUUAUUUAACUAAUUAUGUGACAUCUGAAGGUAAUUGGUUGCACCAUAUCUUAUUUAGGGGCUUCAUAGCAAAGGGGGUGAAUACAUAUGCAUGCACCACUUUUCCGUUAUUUAUUUUUUUCGAAUUUUUUGAAACAAGUUAUUUUUUUCAUUUCACUUCACCAAUUUGGACUAUUUUGUGUAUGUCCAUUACAUGAAAUCCAAAUAAAAAUCAAUUUAAAUUACAGGUUGUAAUGCAACAAAAUAGGAAAAACGCCAAGGGGGAUGAAUACCUUUACAUUUACAUUUACAUUUUAGUCAUUUAGCAGACGCUCUUAUCCAGAGCGACUUACAGGAGCAAUUAGGGUUAAGUGCCUUGCUCAAGGGCACAUUAACGUCAUUUAGCAGACGCUCUUAGCCAGAGCGACUCACAAAUUGGUGCGUUCACCCUAUAGCCAGUGGGAUAACCACUUUACAAUUUGGGGGGGGGGGGUUAGAAGGAAUACUUUAUCCUAUCCCAGGUAUUCCUUAAAGAGGUGGGGUUUCAAAUGUCUCCGGAAGGUGGUGAGUGACUCCGCUGUCCUGGCGUCGUGAGGGAGCUGAGCAGUAGUACCUGAGGAUAGUGCCCUUUGCAAGGCACUGUAGGAACCUUUGGUCUCGACAUGUUGGUCAUGAGAUAUCUGGCCUCUGUUAGACUGCUGUCUCUAACACUGUGUCCCCCACCAGGCUGCCAGACCCUGCUGUCCCCCAGCUCCUCAGAGCCAGACACCAGCCUGAGCCGCUCCAGCCCCAAGGGAACCCUGAAAUCAGAUAAGGACGCUGGGGAGGAGGGCGAGGCUGUGGAUGGCAAACUGUCCAUCCUUAUCCACAAGAGGGAGGACCAGUCCUCUCACGAGGUGCUACAGCCUCUGCUCAGGUACUCAUCGUAAUACCUCCUGACACCUUUAACUUAAUGUGUGCCAAACCGUCCAUGCAGUUUCUCUGACACCUAUGCUUUUCCUCCCUGGUGGCCUGCAGCAGCUCAGAAGGCCGGCCGUUCCGCCUUGGAACUGGAGCCAACAUGGAGAAGGUGGUGAAGAUGGAUAGAGACAUGACCAAGGUCAGGCCUGUUUAACGUUCUCAUGUGGCUGCAAAUGUCAUUGGGGUGUCACCAAGUCAAAGAAGAAUAGUGAAUAAUUAAACCUAGUCAAGGCAUAUGUUCAUGAAUCAUACCAUUAAUCCUGGCUGACCCUUCCCCAUUUGUCCCUCUCAUUCACCUCACCAGAGUGGUAGCUGUGAGGUGAUCACAGAGGAGGCUGUGGCUGCCCUGAGGAAGGCCAGUAAGUGGGCCCAAUCUGGGCUGAUAGUGAGCGUGGGCCCGCCUGUGGAGGCUCUGGUCCAGGAGGCUGCUGGAGGAGUCACCACGGGGGACAAGAAGAAGACCGCUCAGACCGCUGUGUGUCGGGACAGGAACUCUGAACUGGCCAGGUCAGUCUGACACUCAAGCUGUGCAAGCAUUAGAUUAUGCAUUUUUCAUAACAGUAAUACCAGUGGAAUUGAAUCUGCGCUGAAUCUGCUGCACUAGUUCUAGUUAACCAGAGGGGAGAGUGGUUCUAACCGGUCUCCUCUCUUUCCCUCCACUGUUCAGGUCCGACCCGAUCAGGCCCUUCAUCAGUGGCCAUGUGGCCAACAGUAUGGCUGCUGAGGUCAUCGCCCUGCUGCACAGCCUGCUCACAGCACCCGAGUCCAACACCGCCCAGAUCUGGACCAGCACUGCAGAGAAGGUAAAGCACCAUCAGAAUGCAUGGGUUUUAGAGGCCGCUGCAGCCAUUCUAAGGUCUACUUGCAGAUGCUAGAGCCAUGUAAUUCUAAGAAUAUACUGUAUAUGAAGAUCAUAGUGAUAACACAUGGACUUAACGCUACUGAUGACUGUGCCAGGUGCUGUCCAGAGCACUGAUGUUCAUCCCUCAGCUGGGGAAGUAUGCCGAGAGCAUCCUGGAGAACGGAUGCAGCAGCGGCAGGAAGCUGGCUAAACUCCAGGCCAUCGGCAGGCAGGCUGUGGCGGCACUCUGCGCCCUUGGAGGCUUCAAGGAGACCAUCAAGAUUGGCUCAGAGGUCCAGGUGGGUUAGGAGAGGAGCACAAGUUGAUAGAUCCAUUAGAUGACUUAGCAACACAUGUUGUACCUGGCUCUGUGGUGAAAUUAACAUGCUGGGUACCUGCAACACUAUACCAGGCCAACAGUGCUGUGGGCAGAAAGACUAAUAGCAGUGAAUGGUCUGCCAGUGCAUGUUUCUCAUCAUGGUCCCUCUGUUCCCUCAGGUGGUGGGUAAAGGAGUGCUGGGCAGCGUGGGUGUGGUCAUGUCCAUCAACGAGCAGGAGGGCAUUGCCACGGUGAAGUUCCCUUCCUGCGAGUUUAGGAAGGCCUGCAAGGCCUCAGACAUCCUGACGGUGCCCAUCUCCCGCCUUUGCACUCCCCGCUCUGAGGUAAGAGCAGGGAGGGUUAGAGAAGUCAGACACACAUGUAACUUGACUGAAAAUGAUGAAAGUGCUUUAAUGUUCGCAAGUAGACUCAUUUUAUAUUCUCUUCUCAUCCUUGUCCCUCACCCCUUCCCCUCUCUCUCCCAGGCGCUGCCCCUCUACAAGCUGUCCAUCACAGAGAAGGUGGUGCAGGCAGUACAGUCCAUGCUUCUGCCACAGGAGGGCAGUCUGUCCAUCCACACCUCCCUCCCCGCCUCAGGAGAUGGCUCCAGUCCUGUCAUGGCCGCUGUCCGCCUGCUGGCUGAAAUCAGGACCAGGUAAAUCACUACUGAGGACAUUAUCUUGGUCAAAACUUUUUGCUGCUCCGACAAGUGUGUCUCUGCACUAGGGCUGUGGCGGUCAUGACAUUUUAAGUGCCUGUCUCAAGCUAAUUGACCGGCAAUUAACAUAUAAACACAUUUAGCAUCUCCAGGCCUCCACGCAUACAAGCAGCAUACAAGCCGCUGAUGGCACCUUUGGAACAUCUUCAUUUAAAAAAGUAUAAUAAGUCAAUUUAAUAUACACCAUCGCAAUAAAUCCAUUAUUUAUUUUAGGUAGAUCUAAAGAAACAUUAUGAUAUGAAGAAAGAACAGAAUAUAACUGUAUGUUCUCUGACUUUGCACCAUGCUGUAUGCUUGUUCAUUUAGUAGACAAGAUAUGCCUAUAAGUCCUGUGCCAUUAUUUAAUAUUAUAUUAUUUUAUAGUAAGAACAAUAUAAUUGAACAUAAAGGAUAUUUUUCCCAUUCCGGAGCGAGUGCGCAUUUGAAGUGGCUAUGUUGAGCGUAAAAGUUAUAAUUUGAAACAGGUCCUGUGCACUAGAUUUAGAGUUAUUUGUCAACUUUAGUUGUGAAUGAUACAAACCUUAGAAUGUCUCAGGCUGCACAUGCUGUUCUCUCAUCAAGUGAUCAUAUUUUCACCCAUCAGACUAUUCUCAAUUAAUUAUUGUCUUUACUAAUAUGUCAAAUCAGUUUAGAUUUAGAAUGGCCCUUUAUCAAAUGGGCAGGAACAGGGGAAAAAAGACAUGUCAUCUGUAUGCACUCCAAUAGCGAAUGGAGGCCUCUUUCCCGCCUGGUUGUUUUUAUACCAUGCCGGCUACUCCAUCAUAGGCUACUCCGAUUAUUUCACUCCAUGCAUCAACCACUGUUUGAGGAGCAUGCAGCCUCUCUCUGCACGACAGGUGAUAUUCCACCCAAACUCUGUAUGCCAUGGGCUCUCCAACCCUGUUCCUGCAGCUACCCAGUGCUUAAUUUGGGAAACCAAGUGAAAUCUGUUUGGGAACAUCGAUAGUAACAUGUUUUCACAAUGAAACAUAUUUCAUUACUGUUGACAGCCCCUCUCUCUGCAUGCUCGAGAAAGGAAUGAAGGAGUGAGGGGUGGAGAUGGAAAUGCACGGUGGUGAGAUUCUGUAGCUAAACAUUAUGUGUCAGCCUAUUAAUUAUGAAAAUAUAAAAAAUGCCUUAUUACAUGGCUAUUCAAAUACAAAUUCACUAUAAUUGUAGGCCAACUCUGUAAGCCGCCCUGCACAAUCAAUGAACCAACAGCAUCGCCUAGGCCUAUAUGUUCUCUCCCAGACUCAUGGAUAGAACAUUUUGGAGCGUAGCAUAAAGUCCAUCCAGUAUGCAUAAUAAUACAGUCCACACUCAAAGGCGAUUACUAUCUUAAAUCAUUCUUUUUUUUUGAUUUCCUUGAGAUAUAUAUAUAUAUAUACACACACAGUGGGGAGAACAAGUAUUUGAUACACUGCCGAUUUUGCAGGUUUUCCUACUUACAAAGCAUGUAGACGUCUGUAAUUUUUAUCAUCGGUACACUUCAACUGUGAGAGACGGAAUCUAAAACAAAAAUCCAGAAAAUCACAUUGUAUGAUUUUUAAGUCAUUAAUUUGCAUUUUAUUGCAUGACAUAAGUAUUUGAUACAUCAGAAAAACAGAAGUUAAUAUUUGGUACAGAAACCUUUGUUUGCAAUUACAGAGAUCAUAUGUUUCCUGUAGGUCUUGACCAGGUUUGCACACACUUCAGCAGGGAUUUUGGCCCACUCCUCCAUACAGACCUUCUCCAGAUCCUUCAGGUUUCGGGGCUGUCGCUGGGCAAUACGGACUCUCAGCUCCCUCCAAAGAUGUUCUAUUGGGUUCAGGUCUGGAGACUGGCUAGGCCACUCCAGGACCUUGAGAUGCUUCUUACGGAGCCACUCCUUAGUUGCCCUGGCUGUGUGUUUCUGGUCGUUGUCAUGCUGGAAGACCCAGCCACGACCCAUCUUCAAUGCUCUUACUGAGGGAAGGAGGUUGUUGGCCAAGAUCUCGCGAUACAUGGCCCCAUCCAUCCUCCCCUCAAUACGGUGCAGUCAUCCUGUCCCCUUUGCAGAAAAGCAUCCCCAAAGAAUGAUGUUUCCACCUCCAUGCUUCACGGUUGGGAUGGUGUUCUUGGGGUUGUACUCAUCCUUCUUCUUCCUCCAAACACGGCGAGUGGAGUUUAGACCAAAAAGCUCUAUUUUUGUCUCAUCAGACCACAUGACCUUCUCCCAUUCCUCCUCUGGAUCAUCCAGAUGGUCAUUGGCAAACUUCAGACAGGCCUGGACAUGCGCUGGCUUGAGCAGGGGGACCUUGCGUGCGCUGCAGGAUUUUAAUCCAUGACGGCGUAGUGUGUUACUAAUGGUUUUCUUUGAGACUGUGGUCCCAGCUCUCUUCAGGUCAUUGACCAGGUCCUGCCGUGUAGUUCUGGGCUGAUCCCUCACCUUCCUCAUGAUCAUUGAUGCCCCACGAGGUGAGAUCUUGCAUGGAGCCCCAGACCGAGGGUGAUUGACCGUCAUCUUGAACUUCUUCCAUUUUCUAAUAAUUGCGCCAACAGUUGUUGCCUUCUCACCAAGCUGCUUGCCUAUUGUCCUGUAGCCCAUCCCAGCCUUGUGCAGGUCUACACAUUUAUCCCUGAUGUCCUUACACAGCUUUCUGGUCUUGGCCAUUGUGGAGAGGUUGGAGUCUGUUUGAUUGAGUGUGUGGACAGGUGUCUUUUUUAUACAGGUAACGAGUUCAAACAGGUGCAGUUAAUACAGGUAAUGAGUGGAGAACAGGAGGGCUUCUUAAUGAAAAACUAACAGGUCUGUGAGAGCCGGAAUUCUUACUGGUUGGUAGGUGAUCAAAUACUUAUGUCAUGCAAUAAAAUGCAAAUUAAUUACUUAAAAAUCAUACAAUGUGAUUUUCUAGAUUUUUGUUUUAGAUUCCAUCUCUCACAGUUGAAGUGUACCUAUGAUAAAAAUGACAGACCUCUACAUGCUUUGUAAGUAGGAAAACCUGCAAAAUCGGCAGUGUAUCAAAUACUUGUUCUCCCCACUGUACAUACAUACAUACACAGUGGGGAGAACAAGUAUUUGAUACACUGCCGAUUUUGCAGGUUUUCCUACUUACAAAGCAUGGUUGGUAGGUGAUCAAAUACUUAUGUCAUGCAAUAAAAUGCAAAUUAAUGACUUAAAAAUCAUAAUGUGAUUUUCUGGAUUUUCUCUCACAGUUGAAGUGUACCUAUGAUAAAAAUUACAGACCUCUACAUGCUUUGUAAGUAGGAAAACCUGCAAAAUCGGCAGUGUUCAAAUACUUGUUCUCCCCACUGUAUAUAUAUAUACAGCUCUGGAAAAAAUUAAGAGACCACUGCAAAUAUUUCUUAAAUCAGCAUCUCUACAUGUAUGACUUCCAUUCCAGUGUCUGUUUAAUUCCAACACAGGCACACCUCAUUCUACUGAAUUAAGUACUGAUUAGGUGAUCACCUGAACCAAAUCUUAUUUAACGAGGAAAAGUAUAAAAACCACUGCUGUGGUCAUCACUAUCCUCUUGCAAUAGGACCAGCUGGAUGGCAGAAACAGUGCUAAUAGUACCUCAAAAGUAAUAUUAAUCAAAAAAUAACUAUGGAACAUUCGAAUGUCACUCAACAACCGUAGGAUGACAUCAAGUGACCUACAAAAAGAAUGGCAAACGGCAGCUGGAGUGAAGUGCAUGGCGAGGACGGUUCGAAACAGGCUCCUAGGGGCAGGGCUGAAGUCGUGCAAAGCUAGAAAAAAGCCCUUCAUCAAUGAGAAGCUAGGCUGAGGUUUGCAAAAGACCAUAAGGAUUGGACCGUAGAGGACUGGAGUAAGGUCAUCUUCUCUAAUGAGUACAAUUUUCAGCUUUGCCCAACACCUGGUCGUCUAACGGUUAGCCGGAGACCUGGAGAGGCCUACAAGCCACAGUGUCUCGCACCCACUGUGAAAUUUGGUGGAGGAUCGUGAUGAUCUGGGGGUGCUUCAGCAAGGCUGGAAUCCGGCAGAUUUGAAUCAAGCCACGUACAAGGUUGUCCUGGAAGAAAACUUGCUUCCUUUUGCUCUGACAUUGUUCCCCAACUCUGAGGAUUGGUUUUUCCAGCAGGACAAUGCGCCAUGCCACACAGCCAGGUCAAUCAAGGUGUGGAUGGAGGACCACCAGAUCAAGACCCUGUCAUAUUUGGAAUUUGGGAGAAAUGUUGUCAGUAGUUUGUAGAAUAUUUUUUUUUAAACACACAUACCUAUAAAUAGUAAAACCAGAGAAACUGAUAAUUUUUCAGUGGUCUCUUAAUUUUUUCCAGAGCUGUAUAUAUAUGUGUGUCCUAGCCCGAAAACCCCCCUGAAUUGAAUUAAAGAUUGGCCUAUGCGUAUGCAUAUUAUGCAAAUUGGGUUUUUGAAGUAAUCAUCAACUUAAAAAGCACUAUCAAUUUAGUUGUUAGGCAUUGAAACAACAUCCAAAAUGAUGGUCAGGGGAGUACCAGGCCAUUAGCGACCUGAUGGUCGUUUGCAAGUUGGGUAGGCUACUAACAACGCAUGUCCUGAGUGCAUAAGAGGAGAUUACCGUGACUCAACGGUCACGUGGAAUUUUACUGCGGUCAUUACUCAUGACUGCCGGUGUGGCGGUAAUACGGUCACCUCAACAGCCCUACUCUGCACCUGUAUGUCAUAUAUUUGUUUUGCUUAGUUAAUAUUGGGGUUUAAAUGUGUGUGUUCCAGGGCAUGUCUGGUAAUGGCCCAACUCCUGGAGGACAGCUCCUUCUGUGAGGAGUUCAUUCAGCAUUGUCCUGCUGCUGUGGAGGUGCUCAACCUAGUGGCCCAGGAGUGCAGUCCUGGUGAGUGACCGCCCACUCUCCCCAGUAGCAUAGUGCUCAAUGACGACACACAACUUUUGCAAUGCACCAUGACUUUACUGUGAUUGUGUGGAAGGAAGUAUUGCUCUGUAUGGCUGCUGUGUGUGUAACUGUGCUUCUGUGUCGUGCAGGGGAGCGUCUCGGCAUGGUUGAGGCACAGUGUGAGCGAGUGAGGAUGCUGUACCGAGACUGCGCUCGCCCACCACCCCCUCCCCUCCAGACAGACAGGCGCCAGGUGGGUGUCGCUGUACCAUCUCUACUAUUGAUCUACUGAGAUCUACUGAUUUAAUAAUGGACAUUAAACCAUAUUAGGAAUUUUUGAGAGAUGAAGGAAUUCCGAUUUAGAUUUGUAGGGCCUGUCUCCUAACUCUCUCUGCUCCACUCCAUAUCUUUCCCUAGCCCAAGGAGAUUACAUGGUGUCCAUCCAGGGUGUACCCUCCUGUGCGUGCCUGCAUGUUCUCAUCCCGUCUCACCUCCGUCACCUUCCUGGCCGACCCCAGUGCUGGAGGAGGCCUGCCCAGGGGAACCUUCAUCUAUGCCACCUCACCUGUACCUGUUCAGGUGGGCACCGCUAUACUUACUGGAUGUCUUGGGAAUGGCACUGGGUUUUAUAUGAAUGAAAAUUCAGUUUUGCGUGCUUGUGAAGCAGGCUGACUAAUUUGGAAUCUUAAAAUGUCUCUCCCUCUUUUUCCUGUAGGCUCCUUCCUUUUACUGGGAGAUAGAGAUUGCCUCCUAUGGAGACUCGGAAGAUGACAGUGGUCCUAUUGCGUCUUUCGGCUUUGCCACAGAAGCAGAGAAGAGAGACGGAGCGUGGACCAACCCUGUUGGCACCUGCCUCUUUCAUAAGUAUGUGUUGAUAUGGAUUUUACAGCUGUAGUCUCUGAGGUUUCCCGCUGCCCUGUCUCUGACUGAGUGCUGACCUUUCUCUCUUUCUUUCCUUUCUGUUUCAUCCUACCCCUGUCUCUGUCUCUGUGUUUCACCCUUUCAGUAAUGGUAGGGCUGUGCACUAUAAUGGCUCCAGUCUGCUGCAGUGGAAGAGUGUGAGGCUGGACGUGGCCCUACUUCCUGGUGAGAUAGGAAACAAUCCUUUUAUCUAGUUUCGUAAUAUCACCUGCCUCCUAUUUUUCCCAUCAUUCAUUUUACUUUUUUGCUUAUGCCAACCAAUGUGUAUUGCAUAUUUAUCAGAUAUUGGUAAAACAUCUGAUUUUGUAUCUUGGAUGGUGACAAUUCUCUUCCUGCCUAUAGGGGAUGUUGCGGGCAUUGGCUGGGAGCGCUCCGAGGGCACCCCUCCACCCCCUGGCCAGGCCCCUAAAGGGCGGGUCUACUUCACCUACUGUGGCCAGCGCCUCAACCCCUUCCUGGAGGACGUAGCAGGGGGCAUGUGGCCUCUGGUGCACAUUCAGAAGAAGGUUGGCCUUUAUGCCAGGACAUGUAAAGCAAGAUGAAAAGUCCCAUGAAUGCAGCUUAUGUUUGUAAUGGUGUGUUUUUUGUAUUUUGUUUAGAACACAAAGAUUCGUGCCAACUUCGGUUGCCGGGCUUUUGCGUACGCAGAGGGCCAAGCACACCGCAACGCUGCUGACCUCUGUGUCGACCUGGCAGAAGAAAUCAGUGCUAACUUUGAGGCCCUCCCCUUCGCCAUGGCAUCUGACAGCGACAAUGAUGCAGGUGCUAGUGUGGCAUCUGACUCUGGCUCCCACGGACCCCCCUGUCGGAUCGCCGCGGUAGCAGUUGCCCAGCAACGUAUGUUCCUAUCACCUUCCCCCUUCCUGCACCAAACGCAUGUGUCUUAGUUUAAACCUUUGACCUGGUUUGGUGUGCCAGUGCCUGAUGUUCUGGUCCCAUCCGGUCACUUAACCUAAAAUAUAUUGUUUUACUGUUUGCUGUUUGGUCAACCCCACUACAGCUAACCCUCACCCUCCUCACUGUCUGGUCUGUGUAUGUGUGUGCGUCCCAGUUGGUAGCGUUUGUAAGAACUGGCUUUGUUGUUUGUCCUCCCCUGUCGGGACAGAGUACAACAGUGACUCCUCAUGCCACUACAAGGUGGAGCUGAGCUACGAGAACCUGGUCACCUCAGGGCCUGGUGCACACCCCCCGCCUAUUGCUGAUGACGAGAGUGAUGACGAGAGUGAUGACGAUGUCCCAAGGGUGAGUUGAAAGUCUUGCUGAGAAGAGCCUACAAAUACCACAUUUACUUAUCUUUUUUGUAUCCAGAUUUUUCAGUGGGCAUGAAUGUACUGCUGCCCCCUCCACCCCCCCACCCCCUCCUCAGGAGGACCACUAUGCCCUGCUGGUGAAGGCCUGGGAGACAAAGGUGUUCCCCACCAUCCGCCGACGCUUUCGCAACGAGGCAGAGAGGAAGUCUGGUCUGGACCAGAUCAAGGGAGCACUGCAGCUGGGUGAGGAUUUGGAUUCAAAAUUGAUUCAUCUACACACAAUACCCCAUAAUGACAUAUAGUGAAAACAUGUUUUUAGAAAUGUUAGCAAAUUUAUUGAAAAUGAAAUACAGAAAUAUCUCAUUUUCAUAAGUAUUCACACCCGUGAGUCAAUACAUGUUAGAAUCACCUUUGGCAGUGAUUAUAGCCAGAGUCUUUCUGGAUAAGUCUCUAAGAGCUUUGCACACCUGGAUUGUACAAUAUUUGCCCAUUAUUCUUUUAAAAAUUAUUCAAGCUCUGUCAAGUUGGUUGUUGAUUAUUGCUAGACAGACAUUUUCAAGUCUUGCUAUAGAUUUGAAUUUUUUGUCAAAACUGUAACUAGGCCACUCAGGAACAUUCAAUGUUGUCUUGGUAAGCAACUCCAGUGUAUAUUUGGUCUUGUGUUUUAGGUGAUUGUCCUGCUGAAAGGUGAAUUUGUCUCCCAGUGUCUGUCUUUGCAAGGCAUUGGAAAACCUCCCUGGUUUUUGUGGUUGAAUCUGUGUCUGAAAUUCACUGCUCAACUGAGGGACCUUACAGAUAAUUGUAUGUGUGGGGUACAGAGAUAAGUCAUUCAAAAAUCAUGUUAAACACUUAUUGCACACAGAAUGAGUCCAUGCAACUUAUUAUGUGACUUGUAAGCACAUUUUUACUACUUAACUUAUUUAGGCUUGCCAUAACAAAGGGGUUGAAUACUUAUUGACUCAAGACAUUUCAGCUUUUUCAUUUUGUAUUAAUUUGUAAAAAAUUCUAAAAACAUUAUUCCCCUCUGACAUUGUGGAGUAUUGUGUGUAGGCGAGGAAGACAAUAAAUUCAGGCUGUAAAACAACAAAAUGUGGAAAAAGUCAUGGGGUAUGAAUACUUUCUGAAGGCACUGGAUGUUCAGUUCCUCGUCUGUGCGCGUCUCUGCUCUCGAGCCACUUGGGACACUCACUCACUGAAAACUAGGUGGUAAAAGAGGUGGUAAACCCUGUAGCUCCGUUUUAAAGAGCAACUCCCUAUUGACUCUACUGUUUGACCUUUUAAAACAAAGUGAAAUAUGUUUUUUGACGUUUGUUCUUUUGUGGUGUUUUUAUUGUAUAUGUUUUGCAGGCAUGGUUGACAUAGCCCGGCAGACAGUGGAGUUCCUGUAUGAAGAGAACGGGGGUAUCCCCAGGGACCUCUACCUCCCCACCAUCGAGGACAUCAAGGAUGAGGCCAACAAGUUCACCAUCGACAAAGUCCGCAAAGGUCCCCUGCACCUGCACCCAACACCAUGCUAGAGGCCUCGGUUAUUGAACCGUUUCCGUUUUUUUCUGGAUCAAAAAGGGGCUUAGGUGGUGGGCGUGGUCGACGCGGCUGAAUUUUAGAAAACAUUCUAGAGGCCCUCAUCUUGGAGGUGUAGAGUAAUGUUUACAUUUUUAAGCCAAUUUCCUGCAGUUCUACACAUUUCUCCAUGGAGCUUAGAGAAAAUGUGGCAGUUUUAACACUGCAAUUCUAUGCAUUUUGCAUUGGCUAAUGCAGUGUUAUUUUGCUCAAAUGUAAUAACAAAAUCAAUACUUCUAAGUUUCUUGUUUUUGGAAUUUUCAGUUUUCCCUUAUUGUCUAGCUUUUAUGUUAGUGAUUGCUAGUUCUCAAAGAUUAUAAAAAUAUAUAUAUAGGUCCAUUAUCUUUUCUAUAUAAUUUAUAUCUGGUUUAAGUUUACACUGAAAUAGUUUUUCCAUCCAGAAAUUGUAUUUAAAAAAACAAUUUGCACUGUUUUGACUUAGGCGACCUGAAAGAAUGCUUAGGCGGCCCGCCCAAGGAUUUCAAUGGCAGAAAAAUCCCUGCAUUUAUGUCACAUCAACUUUGACCCUUACUUUAAAUACGUUAGUAAACACAGGAGUUUUCCCGAUAGCUGGUUUAAACAUUAACAGAGCACUAUUUUAUUUUUAGCAUUUUUGUAAUAUAGAUGCAUAAACAUUAUCAUUAUGAACACUGAUAUGCUGUAGUGUUACCAGGCUUUGUCCUUACAUAUGUGUCCUCUUCUCAGGUUUGACGGUGGUCAUCCGCUGUCCAGACAGCAACAACACCACAGGCGGAACAGCCCUGCCCAAGUUUGCCAUCCGAGGCAUGUUGAAAACAUUCGGCCUGCACGGAGUGGUUCUGGACGUGGACUCUGUGAGUGUAGAACACCUAACUUCACACUGCAUAGAAACAAAGCGGUUAGAAGUUGAGCUUUGUCUCUUUUGACAGUGUGUCAAUGGUCUCUCUCACUCAUUACUGUGUGUGUAUGUCCAGGUGAAUGAGCUGGUUCAGGUAGAGACGUACCUGCGCAGUGAGGGGGUGCUGGUGAGAUACUGGUAUCCCAUUGAGAUGCUGGAGCGUCCCCCUGCUGGAUCCCGCCGUACUGCUGCCAAUGGCCUUGUCAAUCUAGACAGCAGUAACAUCCAGAUCCACAGGUAACACACAGACACUAACACUUACACUCCAACACACACGUACACACAUUCUGAAAUAACACAUGGCUAAGAACUGUAAAUCAUCCUCCGUGGCCUGCUGUGUUUCAGGGAGCUUCUGCGCUGUGAGAGUGCCCUGGCUAGGCUCUACUGCCGCAUGGCUCUACUUAACAUCUUUGCCCCCAAGAGCCCCCACACCUUCACCCGCCUCUUCCAUAUCCCAGCCAUUCGAGACAUCACCCUGGAACACCUGCAGCUGCUGUCCAAUCAACUUCUGGCUCCGCCUCUGCCUGGUAAGUGGACUUUCUCUAGAUGAGAUGAUAAUCCAUAGAAAAUAAUGGGUUAAAUAGAAUAAAGUUAGAACAAUUAAUGGAAUAAGAAGGUCUACACUGAAAUAUAUGUUUAAGUGUAUGGAGUGAUUUGGAGGAGCUCUUUCCAUGAUCUAUGUGCUGUGUUGUUCUCUUUGUCCUGCAGAUGGCACCAUCAGCUCCAGCUCCAUCCUGCUGGCCCAGUCUCUACUCCACAACCUGCAGGGCCAGAGCUGCUCUCCCACAGACCUGUUCUACCAGGGCAAUGCACAGCCCAUCAGGGAGUGGCUCACCGUGGCCAUCACCCGUGCCCUGCAUCAGGGGGAGGAGAGCCUGCUGGAGCUCACCAAGCAGAUCUGCUGCUUCCUACAGGUUAGCUCUGGAUUAACUAAUGACCCGAGUCUGUGGCUCAAUGUAUAUUUCCCCAGGGACGAAGAUCUUUUGCUUUUAACAUAGUUAAUCUUGAUUUCCCUUGUUCCGUUAUGUAGAAUGCACCAGAGCAGUUCAUCUCAGAGGACUUCCCGGUAUCAGAAUCAAAGGUCAGCAUGGAUGUCAACUUCCCGGGUGCUGCCUUCGUGAUCGUCUCCUGCAAAGAGAGCCAACUAGGCUGCCGCAAAGAGUGAGCUAAUUUAACACAAUUACCUUUAUCUAAGUUAAACCCAUUAACUUUGAUGACCCUAGAUGUCUUGCAGUUGAGGUUAGUGACCCAUUGUCUACCUCUCUCUCUUUCCCUCUCCCCCCCACUAGCUCCUCCCUGUACAAAGCCCCAUGGGCGCGGGUCAUGGUUUAUGGCCUGGGUCACAAGGUGCGCAGGAACGGCCAGCUCAACCUGAUGGAGGCGGUGUGCUACCCUCUGGAUGCCUCGCCCUCCAACACAGGCCUCACCCCCCCUCCCACCACCAACCAGUACCCCACUGUCAUCAUCCCCACUGACAAAGUGCACAUCAAACUGGGUGAGUGCUUGAUCUCCCCUAGUCCUGACUUACAGUAAUAGCUUCUUUCAGCAUGUGUAUGUUCUAAAUAGGCACAAUUAUCGUAUAAUCGUGUUACCGACAAUAACCGUGAACAAAAAUAAUAAUAAUAAUGUCUUAAUACAUUAAUUUUAGGAAAAGGGGGAUUCAACUUCAUAUUCAAGUAGAUAUUGUUUACCCAAUAGCAGUUUGACAUUUUUACAUGAAGUGGGUAAAGUUGGUAAUAAUUUACGAGCAGAACAGCACAGUUGGGAGGAGAAGCUUCAUUUCCAAAAGUUGCAAGAGGUCAAAACUAUUUGUUUUUUAAACCGGGGUGUCACCAAAACUGUGUUGUAUUCAUUAGGUAUGUCGUAGCUAAUUUUCAAAGAUGUAUUACAAGCUAACAAUUAUGACAAUAACCGUGGCCAUUUCAAUGACAAUUACCGGUAAUCACUACCCAAAAUUCCAUAAUCGUCACAGCCCUGGUUCUAAUUGUUUCUUUCUGUUUAACAUGAUUAACAUGUAUUUAUAAUAGCUUGUGUAUGUUUCACUGUCUCUCUCUCUCUCUCUCUCUCUCUCUCUCGCUCUCUCUCUCUCACAGGGGUGUCGCCCCCUCCUGGUGCGGUGCUAGUGCUGCACUCCCUGCCGCUGGAGUUCCCCCUGGCCAUGGCGUUUGCUGAGCAGCUGCUGACGUGGGAGCUAGGUGGGAGCAGUGAGCGCUCUGAGGAGGAGCUGGACACUGUGCCCUCAUCUGUGCUGCUGCAGGUAGUGGAGCUGCUGGGUAGGUGCUACACUUCCAUAAAAUCUAUUAUCUUUGAAAUGUCUGCAUCCAUGGCCAUUAGGUGUCCAACAUGUCUGAACAUUAUUUCCAUAACCCUCAGUCCCUUGUUGUGACUAAUAUUGCAUCCUGUUUUGUGCUUGACAACAAGUUGGUCUCCAUUUUUAAAUAGUUUAUUUUACCCCUCUCUCCCUGUCUGUGGUGUUCUAGGUGGCUUGUUAUGGACCACAGAUCUGGCCCCCUGCAUCAAGGAACUCUCCUUCCACCUGCUCGCUGAGCUCUUCCGUAAGAUCCACCACCUGGAGCAGCGGAAGAGCCCUGCAGGCCUGUCCAGCUCCAUCGCCCUGCUGCUCAACCCCUGCCUGGCUGUGCUCAUGGCCCUGCAGACGGAGCUCCGCAAGCUGUACGACCGGGAGACCCAGGGCUGGGUGGCUGCAGGGGCCGGAGCAGGGGGCUCCUCUGGCGGUGGUGGCCUGGCUCUGGGGGCCGAGCAGAGCAGAUUCUCCACCUACUUUCACGCCCUGAUGGAGGUGUGCCUGGCUGUAGCUGAGGUCACGCUCCCCCACAAUGUGGGGUGCUCAGGAGUGGGAGCUCUGUCCUCAACCAGUGCCCCUAACCUCAGCGACUCCUCCUCAUCCUCCUCCUCCUCCCCAGGCCAGACCCCCCAGAGCCCCAGCCUGCUCUCCAAGCGUAAGAAGGUGAAGAUGAAGAGGGAGCGUGCGGCAGCAGCAGUGGCGGCAGCCUCAGGGAAGAGGGGUUCUGCUGGAGGGGCUCGUCUAUCAGAGAGCGACAGUGCCCUGCUCAACAUGGCUGGUAGUAAACCUGAGGACAUGCUGUGGUUCCACCGUGGCCUCACCCUGCUCAUGAUCCUGCGUCACCUGGCCAACAAGGACCCCCAGGGGCUGAGUGUUACAAAUGAUGCUGUGACUGACGCCUGCCAGGCCCUGGUGGGACCUACCGCUCACAGCCGCCUGCUGGUGCUCUCUGGCAUCCCCACCCACCUGGAGGAGGCUGUGGUGCGCAGCGCCAUCCGCAGGGCCUGCAACGCCCACGGGGGGCUCUUCAAGGAUGAGAUCUUCAUCCCCCUGCAGGAGGACGACCCAAAAAAGUCCAAGGCAGGAGCCGGGGUGUCCACCCCUCUGGAUGGCAAAGCAGCCCCCGAGCCUGAGCGUCCCUUCCCCAGCAACGGGAGCAACGAGAGCCCAGACAGCUCCAGCAGUGUGACUCCAGCCAUGAGUGUCUCAGCCUCUGCCUCCACGAGCCAGACCUCCAUCUGCAGCUCCUCUCAGGGGGGCGUGUCCCGCACCGCCAGUGAACUCUCUGUGGACCAGGAUCUGCUGGCUGCCCCACCUCUCACCCCCGCGGCUGCAGCCUCUGCCAUCCCCUCCCCACAGCAGGGCCCACUUGAUCCCCACACGGUGUCCAGCCAGGAGAGCCUAGAUAUCUCCCUGUGCAGCACGGGGAGCCUGGGCAGUCUGGGCAGCCUCGGGGAGCCUUUGGACAGCGCAGAAACAGCCUCUGUUUCAGACGGGGGCUCCAUGUACACGGUCACCUCUCUGGACAGCAAUGCCAUCUUGGCCCGGCCCAUUAAGGGCUAUGCUGUCAUAGAGGUGGGUCGCGUACAUGAAAACGUAAUAUAUUGUUGAUUGUUUUUUUGUUUGAGCUUUGAUGGAGACAUACUUGCAUGUCCUUCCUCUGUUGUGCAUAUGCUCAAUCUAGGUUCGCGCCCGGGCCAAAGUAGAGAAGAUCCGCGCUAGCCUCUUCAACAGCAGUGAUUUGAUUGGCUUAUCCAGCCUGGAGGGUGAGGAGGAGCUGAUGGAGAUGACUAAUGAGGAGAUCCUCACAGCCUCCAGUGUCAACCAAAGCCUGUUUGACACACAGGGUAGCUCCGCCCUCGAGGACUACUUCCUGGACAAGUCUCUCAGAGGUUGGUAGUAGUAUACUCUCUACCUAGGUUUAACCACCUGUACUCUACCAAUACUGAUAAAGGGGUCAUAAUCUUUUCUCCUCCUAUGUUCCCAGGGGACAAGUUGGUGCCAAGUGCGCGAGAUGUGCUGACGGACAUUUAUAAGAGUUGUGUCCACUCAGAGCAGAUGCUGAGCCUCACGCCAGCCAAGCCUGUCAAAGUGUCAGACAUCUACCUGAGCAAGGAGCAGAUCAACUCCCAGACUCCUGGAAACCUCCUCCACGUCUUCUUCACUCACAUACGGCCGCCUAAGAAGGUGCUGGAGGAGCAACUGACGCAGGUUGGUACACCACCCAUGAGAGUGCUUGAACACACAACUUUUAAUAUAGAUAUUAUAUGCUUAAUUGAGCCUGCUUCAUCCACAUGAUUACACACACAGGCACACACACUCACAUAUAUAUGCAUCUGCAACCAUGUUUGUCUGAGCAUUGUUAUAUGUUCUACAGAUUCUGCGUAAAUAUGGCACCCCCAAGCCUAACAAGAACAAAUACAGUAAGGCGGUUAAGGAACAGCACGCAUGCAAGGUGGUGAGCACCAAGAGACCCAUCACCAAACCACCAACCAAGGAGAGGUCUGUGCUCAACAGUGUCAGGUGAGUUUUGGCCCUCACCACACACACAAUGCCACCCUGAAAGCCAUUUUCCUAAAUAGUUUCCACCCACACUUGAAAUUAGAGGCUUGGUAAUUGCAGAAAGUAAUGGGUUUCAAAAUUAUACUCCCCCCUAAGAUCCUUUUCUCAACGCUUCCCACGCUCAAAUGUGUUACUUAAAUAGCGAGUCUUUUCAAAUUAACUUCUCAUAUUUAGAAACACAGAAUUGCAAUAAAAACUCUACCCUGUGGUUUCUUCAUCCACUUAUAGAAGGAAAAUGGAGAGUGAUUAAAGUUGGCUUAUUAUGCAUAAUCAUCAUAUCAAGACUCAUUCAGUAUGCUGCCAUGUCAUCCAUGACAUGUGUCAGUACUCAUUAAGACAGACAUUUUCCGUUGGCCCCUGUCCCUGACUUCUUUCCAUGUCUAUCAGGACUGCAUUGAGUGAGAAGAAGAGUGUACUGAAGCCCAAGUCCCCUGAGAAAUCCAGGCCUGAUGAGAAAGAAACAGAGAAAUCUCCUGCCAAGAAGCCUGAAGGUACUGACCACCCUGUACCCUCUCAUGUUACCUAUCUCUCACUGGAGUUGAUUAAGAUUUCCCUCAAGUUAGAAUUUAGAUGACUGUAAAUUAAUGUAUUUAUAUAUGUAUAAUCUCCUCCCUCACCCUUCUCCGACAUAGUCCCAGAGGAGAAGUAUCUGACUCUGGAGGGCUUCCAUAAGUUUGCUGUGGACCGGGCCAAGCAGGACAUCCGUAGCGUGUGGAGGGCCAUUCUGGCCUGUGGUUACGACCUCCACUUUGAAAGGUGAGCUUGGUGACACACCACCUAGGUCACAUUCUAAGCAGAGUGGGGAACGGAAAACGCAUGACUGGAGCAGGUUGUACACUUUCAGAGCAUGGAACACACUGUGACUGUUACGUCAACACAUCACAUGAUGUACUCGUAAGAAGAAUUUUUUUUGAAUCAUCUGAAUCACACACUAUACUGCACUGUGCAGUGUGUAAUCAGAGAAAGUCAGCUGGUGUAAGAUUAAGCCAUAUUAUGUAUGAAGAGGAUCUGUUCAUAUCUAGUGGCUGUUCCCCUUCUCUUCUGUUUCCAGGUGUACCUGUAUAGACACGCGUCACGCCCAGAAGGCUUGUAGGAGGUGGAGUCUGGAGAUGGACGUAGCAUUGGUUCAGUACAUCAACAGGCUGUGUGGUCACCUGGCUAUCACACCUGCCAGGCUGCACCCCCACGAGGCCUACCUGGAGCCCAGUGACAUUGCUGACCCACGCGUGGCCUGUCUCCUCAGUAUGUGACCUACUCACUGACAGACCACGUCAUCAGUUUACACACACAAGCUAUUUUUACAUGUUUGUAUGGUAUUGAACGUCAGUAAACGUGAUUGUGAGCGUUUGUUUACAUGUACAUGGUUAGUGGGUGGGUAUGUGUGUUGCUGUGUUCACAUUUCCCUUCUCUCUGAUGUGUGUGUGCGUGUAGAUGUGCCUGUGGAGAGCCUGCGUCUACGCUUUGCUCUACUGCAGUCUCUCAACAACUCCCUGGAGAGUUUCUUCCUGCCGCUGGUGGAGCUGAGACAAACACACACCUACCAGAACAGCAUCGCAGCGCUGCUCUGUAGGGCCAAAGGUGACACACACACACACACACACAAUAAUAACAUCUCAGCACAGCUCUAUCAGGUCAAAGGCACACAGCAAUAGUGCGCUGUAUGUGGGUCAUUUAAGGAAUGGUGUUGUAUCAGGACAUUGACCUAUUGGUACAUCUUUAAUACGUUUUACAUUGUGACUAGCUCUGGGGGUGUAUGUGGGGCAUAUGAACUAGAGGUCUUCAUGGGUCAAAAAAGUUGGACACGUUCCGAAAUGGAUCCGUAGCUUUCGUACCCGACCCGAUAUGCGUAAAUACAUUCUUUAAUUUUUUCGGAGAACCGUUCCAAAUGGACCCGAGGACGGUCAGACCCGUUCCGAAAAGGACCGUAGAAAACAGACCCAUGCUGGUUCGGAUGCGAGAGACCCGUUCAGAUCCAAGAGUAGAAAAAGGGAGAGAAAGAAACCUCCAACUGGGCGCUGCCAGCGCCAUCAAUAAACAACAAUAUUGGCCAAAAGAUCCACAGUUAAUUGUCCUUAAACUGCCUAUAACAAAUUAAAAAUAUAUAUAUUUGUUGUUUCGAUGUGUGCCAUAUUAAAAACUUUAUAGUGUUAUUGUUUUUUACUUUCCUAAAACGAUAAUUGUCUACCUCACGGUUCAGCUGUCGGAGAUUUGACCGCUAAAUGCAUCAGGGCAUUGCAUUUGUUAUAGGUGUUGACUAUAUGAUAUUCAUAUUUUUUAAAAAUGAUGUUAACCCUCUAGUGUCUAAGCCCUGUCUAAGCCGGGGGAGGGGUUCUAAGAUAACAUGGAAUUGUUUUAAGAUGGUCAUACCAAGGAUUAUUUAGCUAUUUAAUUUAGAAUUUAAAGACCCCUUAAGGUAUAUAUACAGCGGGGAGAACAAGUAUUUGAUACAAUGCCGAUUUUGCAGGUUUUCCUACUUACAAAGCAUGUAGAGGUCUGUAAUUUUUAUCAUAUGUACACUUCAACUGUGAGAGACGGAAUCUAAAACAAAAAUCCAGAAAAUCACAUUUGAUCACCUACCAACCAGUAAGAAUCCGUCUCUCACAGACCUGUUAGUUUUUCUUUAAGAAGCCCUCCUGUUCUCCACUCAUUACCUGUAUUAACUGCACCUGUUUGAACUGCACCUGUUUGAACUCGUUACCUGUAUAAAAGACACCUGUCCACACACUCAAUCAAACAGACUCCAACCUCUCCACAAUGGCUAAGACCAGAGAGCUGUGUAAGGACAUCAGGGAUAAAAUUGUAGACCUGCACAAGGCUGGGAUGGACUACAGGACAAUCGGCAAGCAGCUUGGUGAGAAGGCAACAACUGUUGGCGCAAUUAUUAGAAAAUGGAAGAAGUUCAAGAUGACGGUCAAUCCACUCGGUCUGGGGCUCCAUGCAAGAUCUCACCUCGUGGGGCAUCAAUGAUCAUGAGGAAGGUGAGGGAUCAGCCCAGAACUACACGGCAGGACCUGGUCAAUUACCUGAAGAGAGCUGGGACCACAGUCUCAAAGAAAACCAUUAGUAACACACUACGCCGUCAUGGAUUAAAAUCCUGCAGCGCACGCAAGGUCCCCCUGCUCAAGCCAGCGCAUGUCCAGGCCCGUCUGAAGUUUGCCAAUGACCAUCUGGAUGAUCCAGAGGAGGAAUGGGAGAAGGUCAUGUGGUCUGAUGAGACAAAAAUAGAGCUUUUUGGUCUAAACUCCACUUGCCGUGUUUGGAGGAAGAAGAAGGAUGAGUACAACCCCAAGAACACCAUCCCAACCGUGAAGCAUGGAGGUGGAAACCUCAUUCUUUGGGGAUGCUUUUCUGCAAAGGGGACAGGACGACUGCACCGUAUUGAGGGGAGGAUGGAUGGGGCCAUGUAUCACGAGAUCUUGGCCAACAACCUCCUUCCCUCAGUAAGAGCAUUGAAGAUGGGUCGUUGCUGGGUCUUCCAGCAUGACAACGACCCGAAACACACAGCCAGGGCAACUAAGGAGUGGCUCCGUAAGAAGCAUCUUAAGGUCCUGGAGUGGCCUAGCCAGUCUCCAGAUCUGAACCCAAUAGAACAUCUUUGGAGGGAGCUGAAAGUCCGUAUUGCCCAGCGACAGCCCCGAAACCUGAAGGAUCUGGAGAAGGUCUGUAUGGAGGAGUGGGCCAAAAUCCCUGCUGCAGUGUGUGCAAACCUGGUCAAGACCUACAGGAAACGUAUGAUCUCUGUAAUUGCAAACAAAGGUUUCUGUACCAAAUAUUAAGUUCUGCUUUUCUGAUGUAUCAAAUACUUAUGUCAUGCAAUAAAAUGCAAAUUAAUUACUUAAAAAUCAUAAUGUGAUUUUCUGGAUUUUCUCUCACAGUUGAAGUGUACCUAUGAUAAGAAUUACAGACCUCUACAUGCUUUGUAAGUAGGAAAACCUGCAAAAUCGGCAGUGUAUCAAAUACUUGUUCUCCCCACUGUAUAUAUUUUUAAAAGCAACAAAUUGUUGGAUGAAUUUGGCGUUACUGCUAUUAGCCAAUAUAAACGCAUUGAAUAACAGAUGCACUCAAUAGAUAGUCCCCUAAAAAAUCUAAAGGAAGUUUGUUCUGAAGUGUCUGUCAUAAAUCUGAGAGAUAUAAGCAGAUCAGGAAACAUUUUUUUUUUAUAUAUUUUUUUUAUGUAUUUAUCCCUAUAUUUUAGGCACUAAACUAUCUCCAUAUAUACUUCCAUGCAUUUUUUAAACUGGUACUGGGGACCUUCAGACGAGUCUUGUGAGGCUUGUGGGCGUCCUUGAGCAAAACGGAGAACACCAUCAUGUUCGUGAGAGUCUUUCAAUAGAGUGGUCAAAUAGUUUGUAGGCUAAACUUUCAAUAGUUUGUAGGCCAAACUGUUCGGACACCACAUAAGAUUUUGUGAGAAGACAGAUUUUCGUGGAUGUCUCAUGGUCUGAGAAACACAGCUCUAGCUCUGCCACCUUUCACCGCAGAUGCGGAAGGGCGAUAUCGACGGAUGCGAUGGAUUGAGACGCAGCCCAUGCAAAAAAAAACCUAGCCCUAGAGCGACUGAGAGAAAGAUGGAGAUAUCAUGCCGCCUUGUUCCCGACAUCGACAGAUUUCUUUAUACUUAUCAGAUAGGCUACUACUGCUAUACAUAUAUAGGCGUACAGAAGGGGGCUUAUUCGUUAAUUUUCUAUCCAAAUAUUUUUUAUAUAGUUGAGCAUUAUAUUGUUAGAUUAAAGGAGUAACUCUGGUAGGCCUUCCUCACCUCAAGUUCAACUGUCGGAGUCAGUUGGAGUGCCGUUGCGCAUUGCCUUCAUAGGCCUGCAGUAGCUAAGCCUAAUGAUAGCCAUAGCACUCCAAACCUUCACAAAGUUGCUUAACUUUAUUCGGGUAAUACCAAAAGUAAGUCAAGUCAUUGUUUAUAGGGGAAAUACGAACAGGUUAUUUUAUUGUAUUGUGGCAUUCCAAUUAAGUUUAGCAUCUUUCCCUCUUUGGUUUUUCCUUUUCAUGGUUUGAAUGCGAGUAGCAUAGUGGGCCUACUGGUAAUUGUAUUAUAUUGCGGCAAACACAUUACAGCUGGAACUUAAUUUGGACAACGAAAAUGGCUCAACAGAAUAAAACCUUCAAAAACGUUUUUAACAGGCUAGGCCUAUAUUACGGCUAUAACCAUCAAAGGUGAUUGCUUACUGUAGGCCUACCCAAAAAAUGACAGCAAUAGGCUAAUACUAUUUAUUUUACAACAGGCCUACUUUUAACCUUAAACUAAAUACAAAGCACAAAAUGAAAGAGACAACUUGAUUUAGCCAAUGAAAAUGUCUCAACAAAAUAAAAAAUAAAAAUAAAACUUUUUGCAUAGGCUAUUUAAAUAACUGGUUUAGAUUAUUAAAUAGGCCUAUAAUAAUAAUAAUAAUGAUUUACAAUGAUAAUAAGAAUAAUGACUAAACAAUUGAUGAUAAAUAAAUGAAAGGUAGAAAAUUGCAUCAAACCUGAAUAGCGAGUUGCACACAGUCUAUUUGACCACGCCAAUAUUAUUCUCAUCUUUGUCCACUAUAAUAUUAAAACGUCCCUGAGGACAUUCCCCGUGUCGGUUUCUUUUCACUCUACUCUUUCUUCUCCAACUUUGGUUUUACGUCAAUGAAAAAGCACUCUAUCUUCGCAAUCAACAGUAGCCUAGGCCAAGGUCCCUUUUACCUACUCACUCUCUCUCUCUCUUUUGCUCGGGUCUCGGGUCGGAUCUCUGAAUUUCGGGUCUGUUGAAACUGUGAAGACCUCUAAUAUGAACUGGAUUAAAGCAGAGUCUUGCUGACCUUCCACCCAUUCUACCUCCACCCUAUCUCUAUACAGGCCUGGUGUUCUAUGAUACCAAAGUGAUAGUGAUGAACCAGGUGCUGAAUGCCACAGUACAGCGAACUGCAGACCACGCUGCCCCCGAGAUCACGCUGGACCCCCUGGAGAUUGUAGGAGGUGAGCUCAUAGGACAAGCCCAGAGUCCUGUUUUAUGUUCAUUCACGUUAUGCCCUCUACUUUGAGUGUUGAUGGUGUGUGUGUGUUUCUCCAGGAGAGAUCCCUUUGUCAGAGAACACCUACUUUUGCCAGGCGGCACGCCAGCUGGCCUGUGUGCCAUCGUCCCAGCUGUGUGUGAAGCUGGCCAGUGGAGGAGACCCCACCUAUGCCUUCAACAUCCGCUUCACUGGAGAGGAGGUCCACGGCACCAGUUAGUAUCAACCUUCUUCCCCUAACAUUGUCCUCUAGGAAUUAGCUCUAGUGUUUGAUCAGACUGAAGGUGAAACACUGUCUGUUGACCGCUGACCUCUGUGUCUCCCCAGGCGGCUCCUUCCGUCAUUUCCUGUGGCAGGUGUGUAAGGAACUCCAGAGCUCCGCCCUCUCCCUGCUGCUCCCCUGCCCCAGUGUAGCAGCCAACCGCAACAAGGUACUGUACAGUGACACGCCCAUCUGCCUUCUCCCUCAGUAUGCCCUGGUUGCAGCACCCUUUUAACACCAGGGAGAAAAGAAUGUCCAAAUAGUUUGUGUACAUUUGUAUUAAUCCUGCUCCCAACAGUAUAUACUAGGAGUAUAAACCGUGUCUAGAUUGCAAACCAGUUGGGCACUGCAUGGGCAGUGAUCACUGCAUUACUGAAGAGUCUAGAAGAGUCUAACUUGAUUGUGGUGCUUUUGUGCCGUUUUAUUCCAAAGGGGAAGUAUAUUCUGACGCCCUGUCCGAUCAGCUAUGCGGAGGAGCAGCUGUUGCACUUCUUUGGCCAGCUGUUGGGCAUCGCCAUCCGGGCAGACGUGCCCCUGCCCCUGGACCUGCUGGGCUCCUUCUGGAAGGGCCUGGUGGGCGAGCCCCUGGACCCAGAGCAGGACCUGCAGGAGGCCGAUCUGCUCACAUACAACUACGUCAAGAAGAUUGAGAGUGUAAAAGAGAGUCAUAUAGACAGUCAUAUGGGCAGUGUUGUUUUCAUUGAAACAUGUAAUGUAGUGACUCCUCUUUCUGGAAAAAGGACAGGUGUUUUGAAAGCUCUGACCAGAAACAACCAAUCAGUAGCCUAUUGACCAAUCCAUUUCUACUGUAACUCCAUACGGUCACCGCUGACCCUGCUUUCUACAGUUCACAUCCAGACUGUAGUUUCUCCAUUCCGCUGUCCCCCCUUUUCCCCAAGGUCAGUGUUCCAUUGACCUCUACACGACCCUUGCCUUCUGCCCCCCAGGUAAGUGAGGAGGACGAUCUGGAGGCCCUGUGUGCAGAGAUCUCGUCCCAGUACCACUCAGGAGAAAGCCCCGACUCCCCCAGCCGGCCCUGCUGCACUUUCACCUACAUCACAAUGACCGGAGAGGAGGUGGAGCUGUGCCAGGGGGGACACAACCUCAGUGUCAGGUACAGGGACAUUCUGCCUCUAUGGCCAGGGGACUUGCUGAGUUCAUAUGGGUCUCUAUUGAUGUACUCUGUGAUUCCCUUUAGCCAUCAGUUGUUCUCUAAAAAUAAUUUUGCUCAUGUAAUCUACAGUACUUUCUGACUUUGACAGAAUGUGUUAUCUCUGUUUAACCCUCUAGCUGGGAGAAUAAGGAUAUGUAUGCGCGGGCAUUGCGGGGCCUGCGUCUGCAGGAGCUUCAGAAUGUGGAGUGUAUGACAGCGGUGCGAGCUGGCCUGGGCUCCAUCAUCCCCCUGCAGUUGCUCACCAUGCUCAGCCCCUUGGAGGUGGAGCUACGAACCUGUGGCCUACCCUACAUCAACCUGGAGUUCCUCAAGGUAGCUAACGCAUACACCCCACACCCUGCCACCUCAAACCUACUGUACACAUCCCCUUCUAAAACCCUAGGACACUCCAAUCAUCACUCCACCAUCCUCAUCCUGAUCCACCACUAAGAAUGAAUAGUCACAGCCAGGGCUCUAAAGUGCGACCAGUUUGGUUGCAUAUGCGACACAAUAUUUUGCUGUGCGACCUGUAGUUUUACUUUGGGACACCAGUGCGACUUACAGAAAAUCCAAUACAAAAUUAAAUGCGUAACAAUAUUUCGCCGCAACACUCUUCUCUAAACGGUUCAAAAAAGACAGGCUGCCUCCCAUGGCUGCUUGCUUCCAGUGCCCAGGCCACACACACAAGCCUCGCCCCAUGGCACCCAAGCAGGCAGCACACAGUUCCUCCACACUGUUUAUUCUCUCAGCAUGCUGUCAAUUCAUGCACUCAAUAUAUUCUUCCAAAACAAGAAUGAUGCUGCUUUCCACGUUGCUUCUAAAUAUGAAUCCACGUUUUCUCUAUUAUACUUUUCAUUUGUGUGUCUUGCUCUCUGCAAAAUGCGAGUUAGUCUAAGGAAGUUGGCAUGUGCCAAAAAUAAUGCUAAUCGCUAAUGCUUAUCGCUAACUAACUAGUGGCUAGCUAAAUGCCAUUUAGCUAAAUGCACUAGCUAGUACAAAGCAAAUGUUAGCUCUAAUACGGGUUGCUACUGGUGGUGGUGUAGAUCAGCAUGUUUGUGCAACGGCAUGUUCUGAAUCCGAUAGCCUAUUCUAAAUUGUUUGUCUAAAUGCAACAUCUAUUCAAAUGUGUUUAGAGCCCCCUGGGAAACACUGACCAACACUUUAUGUUCCUACCUUACCCUCCUACCUGACUUUUUCAUUUGUUGUCAUGCCAAACAACACCAACCAUGGAAUUAGAAUAAUCAUUCUGUUUCUAUGAUUUCAACAGUUCACCUAAGUGUUUUGAUCUAUAUCGCAAAUCAAAUUGCAAUAUUUGGUUAAAGAAAUCACAAUUCUAUUUUUUGCCCAUAUCGUGCAGCCCUGGUAAGUUGACCAGUAUAUGCUAACUUUUGGUGGCACAGAAAGAAAGGAAAAGUGAUAUUUUCCUCAGGAGAUGUGCUUCAAAAGUAAGUAGGAUUCAUAUAGGCCCAAUGUAGGCUGUAUCUCAAUCAAUUAAAACAUAUAUUUUUAUAGUGCUCCUAAAUUCUCUAAGGUAGGAGCACCAGUGCUACAAUAUUUUGUAUUUUAUUUAAUUUUCUGUUCACAGUAUAGAGUAAUGAGAAGAAUCACUAUAUUUUUGCAGAGCAGUAAUAGUGAAUGUCUUUAUCAUUGUCACUCUUUUGCCUCAACCCCUGUUACCUCUCCGUCUGUAGGCCCACACCAUGUACCAGGUGGGUCUGAUGGAGACAGACCAGCACAUUGAGUUCUUCUGGACUGCCCUGGAGAUGUUCACCCAGGAGGAGCUCUGCAAGUUCAUCAAGUUUGCCUGUAACCAGGAGCGCAUCCCCUUUACCUGCCCCUGCAAGGACGGGGGCCCGGACACCGCCCACGUACCCCCCUACCCCAUGAAGAUCGCCCCUCCGGACGGGGCAGCAGGUAAGUGCCGGGAAAAGUCAGUGUGUGGUGUGUGUGUCAUAGAGAGAGAGAAGGUGUAGUGGGACAACAGACAUACAAGUCAAAGCCACGUGUGUUGCUAUCUGCUUGUUGUCCUCAAACACUGUCUUCAAACCUUGGACAUAUUGAACAUUUUGUUUGCUAUUUUUACCCUUCCUGGAUUUAUUAUGUCUGUAAAUUAGUAGGGGUUGUUCUAUGGGGAAAAGAUACAGAGCGCUUUUCUUAAAACUAAUUACGUCCGACCUCUGCUGUGUGUGUUAGGCCUACUGUAUAGCCUUAAAAUAAGGGAACUGUUUAUCAGCUUGUAGUUUAUCAAACUCCCAAAAACAUUUUAUACCCAUGUCAGACUCCAAUAACAACAGUAUGAACAGUAAAUUUUGAUUAGAGCACAUGUAGCUUCCAUAGAUUAGAGGUAGGUGUCCCUAAACAAGAUAGCCUGCUUCUGUUCCAGGCAAUAACAAUCAGACUAUGGGCCAUUAUUACGUUUACAUUUUAGUCAUUUAGCAGACACUCUUAUCCAGAGCGACUUACAGUUAGUGCAUACAUUAUAUAUUUUUCCCCCCUGUGGGAAUCGAACCCACAACCCUGGCAUUGCAAACGCCAUGCUCUACCAACUGAGCUACAUCCCCUGCCGGCCAUUCCCUCCCCUACCCUGGACGACGCUGGGCCAAUUGUGCGCCGCCCCAUGGGUCUCCCGGUCGCGGCCGGCUACGACAGAGCCUGGAUUCGAACCAGGAUCUCUAGUGGCACAGCUAGCACUGCGAUGCAGUGCCUUAGACCACUGCGCCACUCGGGAGAACAUGGGAUUGAUUGAAAAUAACUUUCUAGACUGUACAUAAUACUCUACGCAGAGCUUAAUUUGAAUAUGGUAGAAGUGCACUUGAGAUGUUUAAUGUUUUAAAGGUUAUAUUAUACGUGACAUUUCCACCUGCAAAAUCUAUGAAGAAAUAUAGUUUAUGCCUAAAAUAUUACAUGUCGCUCCUUUAAUGUUUUUAGAUGCUUUUUCUUCCUGCAGUAUGUUUACCUAUUUGUGUGUUUUCCAGGUUCGCCAGACUCCCGCUACAUCCGGGUAGAGACCUGCAUGUUUAUGGUGAAGCUUCCCCAGUACAGCUCCCUGGAUGUGAUGCUGGAGAAGCUGCGCUAUGCCGUCCACUACCGUGAAGACCCUCUCAGCGGCUAA